UUUUGCUGUAAUGAGAAGGAUUCCUCCUAAUCCAUUUCUUCCCUUAAAUUGUACUCACAUUUUCUAAUUGGGUUCAUCUAUUUUCUCUAUUCGAUACAAUUUCAUUUUCUGCAAAGAUUUUCAUGAGGAGGAAGAAUAACUUCGAGAAUAUCGGCUCAUCGUAGUUUUCCAAAUACCCAAUCGUGGAACAACUAUAAGCAUCAAUAUAAGGCGGUUGAGUAGAAGAGAAAUUAGUAAUCUCAAAAUGCAUUCGUCAACUGGAACCAUUUCCACAGCUCCUAAUGAAAGCUCAUCUGAGAAUGGUGUAGGAGCUGAAUAUUUUGGGAAAUUUAGUGAAGAAAAUGCAAUUAAAGCUAUACAAAAUGCUUAUGGUAGUCCAGAGACGGCUAAUUGUGUAGAUGCACAAAGAGCAGUGAUUGAUACUGCAGCACCUUUUGAGUCUGUAAAAGAAGUUGUAAGCAAGUUUGGAGGAAUCACCAGUUGGAAAGCUUAUAAAAUCCAAGCAAAGAGAUGUAACUCCAUAGAACAUGAGCUUGAGAAUGUAACAGUAGAGCUUCCCAGGUAUAAGAAAGAGUCUGACAUGGCUAAAGAUUCGAGUGAAGAAGUAAUGAGAAAUCUUGACAGCACCAAGAAACUAAUACAAGAGCUAAAUGUGAACCUAGAGAGAGCAGAGAUCGAAGAGCGCCAAGCGAAAAUGGAAUCAGAAAUUGCCAAGCUUAAGGUAGGCGCAAUGGAACGCGGGGUUGCUGAUGAGGUUAAUGUUGAAGCUAAGGCUGAGCUAGAGGCUAAGCAUGCUGUUGUACUCGAAGAAUUGAAAUCUGUAAAAAGCGAGUUGGAGAAAUUGCAGGUUGAGUAUGCUUCUUUAGUAGCUGAGAAGGAUGCGGUUGCGAAGAAAGCUGUGGAAGUUGCAUCUGAGUCGCAAGAUGUAAAUAAGGUGGUAAAUGAACUGACUCACGAGCUAAUGAGUACGAAAGAAUCACUUGAAUCUGCACAUGCGGCACAUUUGAAGGCAGAGGAGAAAACUAUUGUAGCAGCUAUUAAAAGAGAUCAAGAUUCUCUCAAUUGGGCAAAGGAGUUGAAGCAGGCAGAAGAUAAGCUUGAGAGACUAAACCAAACAGUUGUAUCUGAAAAGGAUCUCAGGCCGAAACUAAGUUCCGCAUCGGCUUUGCUGGUGGAGCUAAAAUCCGAAUUAGCAGCUUAUGCCGAUGCUAAACUAGACCAAGAAAGUGGCAAGGAUAACCAGGGGGGUUUGCACUCAGCAGUUUCUUCAAGCGAAGAAGAGCUCGGAAAACUGAGAAGCAACAUAGAGAAGGCAAAAACAGAUGCGAACUUUCUACAGAUGGCUGCGCAAUCACUUAACUCAGAGCUCAAAAAUCAAAAGUCAGAACUUGUCACCUUGAGACAGAGAGAAGGAAUUGCAACUGUAAUGGUCGCAUCUCUUGAGGAUGAUUUAAAGAACAUCACAUCAGAUUUGGGUGUAGUGCAGAUGAAGGAAAGAGACGCGAGAGAAAAUAUGACUGCGGCGGCUGAUCUUCCAAAGAAACUUCAAGAAGUAUCUCAAGAAGCAACCCAAGCGAAGUCACUUGCUGAGGCGGCUAACAAAGAAUUGCAGCAGGCAAGGAAAGAAGUCGAUGAAGUGAGGGCAAGUUCAAAUACCAUGAGGAGUAGAAUGAUCGCAGUUCAGAAAGAGAUAGAGGCUUCCAAGGAAUCAGAAAGGCUGGCCUUAGAGGCGGUCAAGGCAUUGCAGCAGAGUCAGUUGGCAGCUGCCACAAAUGCUGGUGAUGGCAACUCUACCAUUUCCAUGGUGACGCUUUCUGUAGAGGAAUACUACACACUGAGCAAACAGACCUAUGAAGCAGAAGAAAGAGCAAGGAGAAAAGUUGAAGCUGCUGUUUCCCAAAUAGAAUUCGCCAAGGAGUCAGAACUCAGAACCCUGGCAAAACUAGAAGAAGUGAAUAAAGAGAUAAGUUUAAAGAAGGAAGAAUUGAAAAAUGCAAUGAGAGAGGCUGAAAAGGCUGAGGGGGGAAAACUGAGCAUGGAGCAGAAGUUAAGAGAAUGGAGGGCUCAACAAGAGCAACAACGAAGAAACGGUGAUGACGAUCAAGAAAUCGCGAGAAGCCUUUCAACAAAUGCUGCUGCUGAUAAAAAUGCUACUUCAAUUCUAGCUGUGCUGGACAAAAGUAAUAGUGUGGCUGGAAGUGAGACAGGUACGGACUCUUCCCCAGACAAAGAAGGAAGGAAAAAGAAGAAGAAAAGACUAUUUCCACGAAUUAUGAUGUUUUUUUCCAAAAAGAAAACUCUUACACCAGAAUCUCUGGUAUUAUAAAUGUUGUCGAACCAUUAUGUUUUUCAUCUGUGUUUUAUCUCUUCUUGAGCAGUCUUACAAAUCUGUUAUAAUGUGCUGAUUCUUUUCAACGUUUUGUUUGAUGAGUUGAAUUGAUGAGGUUUGGAAAGUGGUAUGAUAAGUCUGUUCGCCAUGUAUAAAGCGUGUAAAUAAUAUUGAUACAUGAUGUAGAUGAUUCAUUGUAACAAAGUUGAUUAUAUUGCAAAAACGAAAUCUAAUUCCGA